GAAAAUGAUUCAGAGCAGGUUGGGCAAUGCAUGCAUGUCCACCAUAACAAAGAAUCAAGCAUGAUGAUGAGCAAAACCUUGAAGAGAUCACUCCUUUUUCUAAAUAUCACUCUAUUGAUACUUGGUGAAGCAGGGGGUCCUCUGUUAAUGAGGCUUUACUACCUUCAUGGUGGAAAAAGAAUUUGGUUAUCAAGUUGGUUAGAAACAAGUGGUUGGCCGGCCAUGUUAGUACCUAUAUUGAUCUCAUACUUGUAUCGCCGCCGCCGCCGCCGCCGCCGCGGCGGCGGUAAAGGAGAUGGAGAUGAUGGACAUGUGAAGUUUUUCUUUAUGAAAUCAGGUCUAUUUGCUGCUUGCAGCUUUCUAGGUCUCCUAACUGGUUUGGUUGAUUACUUCUAUGCUUAUGGUAUCUCACGUUUACCUGUUUCAACCUCAGCUCUUAUAUAUUCAACUCAAAUAGCCUUCACUUCUCUCUUCUCAUUCAUUUUGGUUAAGCAAAAGUUGACAGCUUAUUCAAUAAAUUCUGUUGUUCUAUUAAUAAUUGGAGCUGUAGUACUUGGAGUACAUGCAGGAGGUGAUCGUAGAGCUAAUGAAACAAACAAUCAAUAUUAUUUGGGGUUUUUUAUGAUGGUUGCAGCUUCUUUAUUAUAUGGUUUUGUGCUACCUUUGAUUGAAUUAACUUAUAAGAGAGCCAAACAGACCAUUACAUACUCUUUAGUGAUGGAGAUGCAGAUGGUUAUGUCUAUCUUUGCAACUGCUUUCUGCACCGUAGGGAUGAUACUCAACAAUGACUUUAAGGUUAUUCCAAGAGAAGCAAGAGAAUUUGAGUUCAAGGAAGGAAUUUAUUUCACCAUACUUGCAUUUAAUGCAAUUGUUUGGCAAUGCUUCUUCUUGGGAGCAGUAGGAGUAAUCUUCUAUGGCUCUUCAUUACUUGCUGGAAUUAUAAUUGCAUCUCUACUUCCAGUGACAGAGCUCUUAGCUGUUGUAUUGUACCAUGAAAAGUUCAAAGUUGAGAAGGGGAUUUCCCUUGCCUUGUGUCUUUGGGGUUUCACUUCUUACUUUUAUGGUGAGCACAAACAAAGCAAGAAAAAAACUGUAGAAUUAAGGGAUGAGCCUUCUUCUGGUAUGAUAUAGAAAGUCUACCAAAAACAAUAAUGUCUAUAUGUGCUUCAAUACAUUAUUCUGUUUUAAAGAAAGUCUUGCAUGAUUAUUUUGGUUCAUUAAUUUAGGUUCAGAUAUGAUCCA